AUGUCGACGGAACGGCGACCUUUCAAAUACUCUCCGCUCAAGAGCGCACGACUCCUAAGCAACAAGGGCAAGGGCAAGGCUGGAGCACCUUGCGACUAUGACGCCCUCUCAUACACCUGGGGCAAGCCAGACGAAGGUUUUCCCAUCAUCUGCAAUGGCCGGACCCUCGUGGUUCGUAGGAAUCUGCAUGACGCCCUUCGCUGCCUGGCCAGGCGACUCCAGCAGGCAGGCUCCUCGCCACGUCGGAUCUGGAUCGAUGCGGUCUGCAUCAACCAGUCGGACGAGGAUGAGAAGUCGGAACACAUCAGCCGCAUGGGCAAUGUCUACCGCUUCGCAAGACAGGUCGUUGUGUGGCUCGGACCUGGCCACGGGGCAGAUCAUAAUGAUGCGGCCAUCGCCUUGCUUCCUUUGCUCACCCAGGUCGGUGAGGCCACAUUUGAGUACAUGAUGGACUCCCGCCAGCCCGAGCCGGAUUUCUCAAACAUGACCAUGCCGGCCGCGUCCUCACCGGUCUGGAAAGUCCUCAGCGACAUUAUGUUCCAUGAUUGGUACACCAGACUGUGGAUUGUGCAAGAGCUCGCUCUGGCACAGUCCGUGGUGGCUCUUGUCGGCGACAGCAUGCUUGAUUUCGACACGCUCGAGAAUUUCCUCUCAGCAUCGACAUGGUUCGCGGAGAUCAGCAAUAUACUAUCGCCGACCUCAUCAGUUGUCACACCUAUUCCUUCCCCCGCCCCACAGAGCUUGACCCCCGAAACUUUGGAUCCACUUCUGAAUGCCGUCUACAAGACCACAAUGCCACAGCAGUGUACUGAAGCCCAAGAUCGCGUCUUCGGAGUCCUCGGUUUUGCUGAGGACAGGACUGAAACCAGAGCGCUCGGGUUGGAGGACAAAUGGGAUCCAGCGGAACUCGCGAAGCUAUACACGAUAUUCAUGGGAUACGUGUUUGAGCGCGGCGGGCAUGUCAUACAAGACCCUGGUCGCAGGUUUCUGUGGGAGUUGUUCAGCCUCGCGUGCUUACCAAAGAAGACCGGCUGUGUUGGUAGGUCUCUUUUCUAA